GAAGCCUCCACGAAUAUACAUAUAAAGUAUAUAAACACUUUGUACAGCCCGUAGAAGCCAGUUUUGAAGCAGCAUCUGCAGAGGCACGACGUCAACAUGCAGAGUGUUACUUUGAUCGUAUUUGCGGCCAUCGUGGCCAUGGCUUUAGCAGAGGGCCAAUACUACGUGCCCCGCUCGUACUACAUAAUAGACGCGGAAGGCCACGCGUCGGUCCCCGUUCCUCUCCGCAGGCUGCGCCGCUCCGUCAACCCCUACCCGCUGCCUUACUCCGCAGGAGCUUCUGCGAAUGCCAACGCCAACGCUGAUGCACAAAGCUGGGGAGGCGAUGCGAAUGCCAACGCCAACGCUAACGCUCGAGCAGGCGCGGGUGGCUGGGACGUUCCUGCAUGGAACUACGGCUCCUCAAAUCCUAAUACUCUCAGCCCUGGAAUAACGCGUCGACAAUUUGGAUCAGUCCAAGGCGCUCGGUCAGUCAGUGCAAGCACGUCAGUCAACGUCGACUCAUCCGGCAAAGGACACUAUGAUCAAUAUACCUCCGUCGCAAACUGAAUUCCAUUUCAUGCGCCUGAGCUAGUACAACACUGAAAAAUAAUGACCUGCUACCUGCUAAUAUUAAUUUAUUUAUAAUAUAAGUGCAUUAAAUUAUUUAAACCUAGAUGCCAUCGCUAUUCAAUUUUAAAACUUUGUCAGAGCUUAAAUGCUUGGAUUUUAUUUAUUCAAUAAUUUUUAUUAUUAAGUCUUUAAUGUAAAAAAAGUAACCUUGUAAGCUUUAACUUAUAACUAGUAAAAUAAAGACACUGGGAUCUGGAUGGAUGUUAUUGUAAGUUUAAAUUAAUAAUAAUUGUAAUAAUAAACAUUAAAACACAGUAUUUUAAA